ACUGACUUGUGUCUUUACUUUGCAUCAGCAUCAUCUAAACAUCUCUCUGGUCAUGGUUGGCCGCCCUUUGAUGACGGUUUUGGGAGACGUCGACGACCUCGACAGAGACCAUCAAAGCCUGCGUUCAAAGAUGACUUCUUCAAAAUCAAACUGCCUAAUAUCGCCGAGAGACCUGAAUGGUGGUGGAGGACACUGGCUUGUAUCCCUUAUCUGAUAUCCCUCCAAGUAUCUGACGUCGGAAUCUACGUCCGACCUUUUCUAGAAAAGUACGACGCCACUGGAAACAUUAUUAAAUUCAUCCCCGGAGCGAUAACCAGAUGGCCGAGGUGGUUCUUCAUGCAGUACUGUUACUUGGGUUGCACGUUCUUGGUGAAGAACAAAGAACUGCCUCAUUUUUUUAGGUUUCACGUGAUUAUGGGUAUACUUCUCGAAACAGCUCUUCAGAUCAUAUGGUGCACCAGCGAUUUCUUCCCGUUGAUUCAUUCCAGAGGAAGGCUUGCGAUGUAUUACGAGACGGCGAUGGGAUUCGCAUACAUCUGUCUGCUUCUUGAAUGCAUACGGUGCGCUCUCGCUGGAGUUUAUCCUCAGAUUCCUUUCGUGGCCGAUGCUGCUUCCAUUCACACUCGAGACACCACUAGGGUGAAAAGAUGAUACUCAUGGUGUUGCAUACUUGAUAUAGGAUUUAUUUGUUUUCAUUUUGUUCGCUUGGAUGAUGAUGGUACUUAGUAAAUAAGUUUGAAGAUAUCAGUUUGUAAUCGACCACGAUGGUGUGUGUGUGAGAGGGAGAGACUUGUUAACUAAACCUUGAUGUGAAUUAAAAUUCUUGUUCUGGAAUAUAAGCACAUUCUGACGAUCUUCUAAAUUUUUCCAGAGUCCUUAAUGGCCAUUGCGCUGAAAUGUUAUUUGUUUCGUAUCAGAAUGGCCUUUUCUUCACUCCACCCACCUCUCCAUACAGCCUCCCAAGUCAAUAAUACUCUAUUCCCUGAACCAAACAACUGCUUUUAAAGUUUUUCUAUAUAAAUAUGUUAGUUCAGUUUCACAAAAAAAGAAACAUCAAGAUUACUUAUUAGUGUUUUUUUUUCAAAAUGAAGACUUUCUAUCUUUUAAUAUAUUUAUAGACUAAAUUCGUAGUGUUACCAUUAUUUGAAUUUAAUGUAAACCGGCCUAGUUAAUGUUAAAAUCAUUUACAUUUCACACUCAAUCCGCUUUGGUUUUACGUAAACCAGCCUAUAGAACCGGUCUAAUGUGUAUUUGGGCUUUAAUAGAAAAGCCCAAUAAGACUGCAGACUCACUCAAGUUCGAGAAAGUUCCUUAAAACCGACUUAGAAAAUACAUCAGGUAGAUUCGAUUCAUUCAUAUUUCUUGCACGUAAAGAUACUCUAAUUUUGUGAAUUUUUCUUUUUGAUUUUAUUUUAACAUCGAAACCUAAAAAGAGCCUCCUCCCGAGGUUUCCGCCGGUAAAGAAACUAUGCAGGGUUUGGCGGCGACCACCACCACCAACCUUGGCUCUCUCACUUUUCUCGCUCCCAGG